AUGCAUGCUGAUCAUUUAAAGUACAAUCUUCGACCAAAGGAACGCGGAGGAGGUAGAGGGAUCAAAAAAAAAACUUUUAAAAAGCAAAUAAAAAAUUUAAAAAAAAAAGAUAAAAUUGAAAGAAAAUUUAAAAAAAGAGGAGGCAGGCGGGAAGAACAAGUGGAGAAAGGAAAGGUCAGAUGGAAACUACAUUCCUCGCAUCAGAUGAUUCCUUCUGUUUUUUUUUUUGACGAAACAGGAGGAAAUCAAAUGGGAGAUUUGGCAACAAUUCACUGA